AUGGCCAUGUCUUCGUGCUGCCUCAAAAGCUUCCAGUGGGAAGGAACGCCCACCGGCCGCAUGGACAAGCUCGGCAAAAGCGACACAUACAUCACUGGUGACAACGCGGAUCGCGCAGUUCUCUUUAUCCACGACGCAUUAGGCUGGACGUUUCCCAACGCAAGGCUCCUCGCGGACCAUUACGCUCAAGAAUCCAACGCGACGGUCUACGUACCAGACUUCCUCGGCGGCGAGAUCCUCCCUUUCGAACCGAUCCUCCAAGGCCGAUUCCACGAGGUCGACUUUGUAGGUUUCUUGAACAGAAACUCUCGCGAGAUCCGCGAACCCGAGAUCUUCGAGUGCGCUCGUCUCCUGCGCGCUAAGUAUAAGAAGGUCGGCGCCAUUGGAUUCUGCUACGGCGGAUGGGCUUGUUUCCGUCUCGGGGCAAAGGAACACCACCCCCCAUUGGUGGAUUGUAUUACGGCGGGUCAUCCGAGUCUAUUGACGAGGAAGGACAUUGAUGAAGUCGCGGUUCCCGUGCAGAUUCUGGCCCCACAAGAUGACCCGACCUACACGGCCGAACUGAAGGCGCAUACCUUUGAGACAGUCCCCAAAGCGGGCGUGUACUUUGACUACCUGCACUUGCCCGGGGUGGAGCAUGGGUGUCUUGUGAGAGGAGACCCCGAGAGGGCUGGAGAGAGGGAGGUGAUGGCGAGGGCCAAAAACGCUGCUGUGGGCUGGUUUAGGCAGUUCUUGCACGAGAGCUAG